UCGUGACAUAUAAUAUUGCAACUGUCAUUAAGCUUCGGUACGCUUACACGGUGUACUUGAAUGCGCAUCCUUAGAAGAAGGGCUCUGGGGCAUCUUUCCGUAGGCGCAAAAUGAUUUUAACUGAAUGGAUUACAUUCAUACUGUCCAUUCUAUCCACAAUUUGGCCAGAUCUACAGACCAACCGGCCAGACUAGGCUUCAAUUGGAUGUGUAGUACCGAAACCGGUACCGUAAUCGGCGCCCUCCGGGAGUUCAGGUGCAAAACGCUCAACCGCUCAGCUGCCAAAUCGGCCCUCUACCGAAAUGGCUGGCUUUCAUUUGAGAUCGAGAUCGAACUCGGGCCUAGUGAAGCUACUCAUUAGCGAAGUUUUGAGGUGAAAAUGCAAUUUUCGUUGAUCGGUGAUUACGGAGACAGCUGUAUGUGGAUUCUGGACGCUUGACGAGCAACCGAAACGGCCUAAUCACGGUGGUGGGUCUUGACGGGCAGCUCCCAAGCGCCUAACGCUAACGCUGUCGUUGGUCGAUGGUCCAAGGUUUUUGCUCCUCGCGCGAGGAUCACACCGUGAGCUGCUGGAGUAGUAAAUCCCCGACGGGCAGGCCGCUGCCGUUGUCUUUUCGUUGGUGUCGCGAACAAACUCCGUGGAACAUUACGGUGAACGUACUAAUUCGGUCGAACUGUGAUAAAAGUGCGUAGUCGUACCAGCGAUACUCGGCAAUCGUGUUUCUGGGCACCGUUUCUCCGGGCGGCAAACAUACACACACACAUACGCGUACCAAUUUGCAAGCGUUUCGGUCCGAUCGGGGCUUUGUCUCGAAAGAGGGACACGACAAGAGGAAAAAAAAGCAAAACGGAAAAGAAAUAGGCUGUGCGUGCGUACGUGAGGGCGCGCGUGUGCGUGCGUGCGUGUGUGUGUGUGUGUACGUGUGUGUGUGUACGUGUGUAUGUGCGUGUGUGUGUUUGGUCGGGGCGCGCUCGUGUGUGUAUGCGCGUGUUGGUACGUGGAGAUUUCGAUUCUUUCCGUAGCGAAGACGAAAAUCUAGAGAACAAUAGACUUCUAGCCAAGUCGUCGCUGGCGAUAGCAAAUACCCGCAGCGCUUUGCGAAGCGUCGCCUCACCGCCGGGUGCGUUAAUUGAAUUCCUCGUAAAAGAAGCUGCUUGCUACGCAGCAACAGCACCAGCAACAGCAGCAGCAGUGCGAACUGUGCGCGUCAUCAUCGUCAGUGGUGAGGCACGCGACGGGUAGUAAAGUUGGGUGGGCGAAGCGUCCUAACUUUCUCCGUGAACCACUUGGGCGAUUACAGCUGCAGCGGCAAUUGUGUAGCUAGCAGUGUGUACCUCGCUUGCGUUAGAAGGGGGGCUGCUUUUCGCUUCGUGUCGGUUCGGCUAGUCGCUGGUGGGGUCUGGCACGUAGGAAGCAAAGCGGAGAGGUAUUGAAGAGUACCAAGUACAUCAGUACCAGCAGCAACAGCUAGCUAUUAAGCAUCUGCACAUUGUACUGCUAGUAGGUGCUUGAUCGGGUGACCAACCAAGCAACACGUAGUCCAUUGGUGCUGCUGCUGUCCCCAACAAUCGCACAGAGGAAGUGGCCACCGAGUGUACCGAGAAGGAAGGAGCCCGGCGCUAUGUCGAGCUCCGCGGCGCAGUCCGACCACUCCGAGCUUCUGGAGGCGGAGUCCGGUCUGUCCUCUAAUGUGGCAAGCCCAGAUGGCGGCGGCGGCGGCCGUGGCACUACCGGUGCUGAAUUGGCGAAAUCUUUACCGGGCAUGAUGUCAUCGAACGGGCUGGACAAAAUGCGCGAUAAGACCGAAGAAGAGCAGCACCACAGCAGUGGUGGCCGUGGUGGUGGCGGUGGUGGUGAGGCCGAAGCAGCCGUAUCGACGGAGAUGGGACACGCGGUAUCCCCGGAUAACGCAGCAGGCAGUUCCACCGAACGGGCGGCGACUGUGAUGGCGCCGACGACGCCGACGUCGAGGACACGUUACACGGUCAGCCAGCUGUUGGCGUUGCGCGAGGUGGAGUUGUCGCGCCGGAAGCCGGCCUGCAUCGAGGACUCGCGCUCGGAGAAGCACCUCAAGAUGAUCUCGAUGCUGGUGCGCCGCUCGGAAACGCCGUACGACGAGGAAACGCCAGUUACUACCGGAUACGGCCGUAACCGUCUUUCCUACAACUCGCCUGGCGGCGGUGGCGGCGGUAAUGGCGGUCCAAGCAGUAUUGCUAGCGAUAAAGAACGGACAAACGGCGGUGGGCAUUUGUCCGGUGGCAGUGGCAUGGGUAUGAUGGUACGCGGCGAGAUGCGACGGUCUGGUGGCGGUGGCGAUCCGAAGGAACGGCUGCGCAAGGAGGAAGGCAUCGUGCUGUCGCCACAGCGGCGUUCAUUCAACAUGGGAUGCCAGAUGCCAUCGGCACCGUCCUCGGCCGGUGGUGGUACGCUCGGGCUGUCUGGCAGUCUUCUCCGGCCGGAUCGCGAUCUGCUCGGUGGUGGUCGGGAACGCCGUAUCGGCAGCGGACGGAUUCUGUCGCGUGACGUCUCGUGGGACUAUCGGCCAGACAAGGAGCUCCUUGAUGCGGGCGAGUAUCGUUCCGGUACCACCGGCACCGGUGGUAAUAACAACAGUAGCAGCAGUAACACUACCAACGGGAGUGCCAACAGCGCUAGCUCUCUCUACCGUGACCGCGAUCGUGAAGGAUCCGGCAAGGAAGGAGGAGGCGCAUCUCGGGCCCAUGAAGGUGGCAAGGAUUCGAUGCGCAUGGAGCGCUUGGAACGAAUGGAGCGAAUGGAGCGAAUGGAACGUGGUGGUGGUGGUGGUGGUGGUGGCAAGGAUAUAAUGGAACGGGGCGACGAUCGAUAUGAUCGUCGCUCGGGCGUCAACAACCGUGACUAUGAUCGUGGGGCGGAGAAGGAAAAUACGCAGCCAAUGCGUGGGUAUGGUAAGCAGUCCCGUAACAGCAACUACUCCAGUAACGAUGGACAUCAUCACCGAGGUGAAGGAGGAGGAGGAGGAGGGUACUACGGUUACAACAGCUACAAUAACAACCAUCACCAUUACGGGUCCUCGUACGGCGAUCGGCGCAAGUACAACAAUCACGAUGGCGGUCGUGACGAGGAACCGGAAUGGUUCAGCGAACCGACCUCGCAGCACGAUACGAUCGAGCUACGCGGCUUUGACGAGCCGUCGCCCGAAGAACCCGACGGUGCUGGACAGGAACCAUCGGUUCCGGCUCGAGAAUCAGACCAGAACCACCAGAGCCAGACUACCGGACGAGGACAUCGGGAUGAGGAAGGCGUUAGCGAUAAGCGAAACCGGAAUAAAGAUGCAAUUGGCGAUAAGAUGACGGGCUCGGCGAAUGAUGUUGCUAACGAGGUUGCUACUGGCGACCAUCCGAUGGAAACUGGUCAGCGAGGCAAGGAACGCGACCGUACUCCUGGUGAUGGCUCGAGAAACAACAGUGCUAAAGGAGUUGGAGGAGGAGGCGGAGGAGGAGGAACAGGGACAGAAGUAAGAACAGCAGAUACAGCUGCAGUCGCAGACACAGAUGGAGGCAACGAUAGCGGAACCACGCUGAAACAAUCGGCCGAUGAUUUCAACAUUGAGGACAUCCUGAAAAUCGACAGCGAUUUCCUUUACAGCGGUAACGAGCCGGUGGAGAAUGACAGUGGUGGCAUGGGAGAAUCACGUUUUUCUCAGUGGUUCCGUCAAGAUUACCAGGCAAUGAAACUAGCCGAGGCAGCAGCAAAGGCCCGCAGUCGCCAGAAUUCGUUGCAAGAGGGCAUCGACAAGAUGAUCAAGGAUUUUGCCAAUACUGAGGAACAACUUCAACAACAACAGCAAGCAAACAACGGCAAUAGCAGUAAUAACACGAAAUACUUUGCUCCCAUUUCGCCGGCCGCCACCAGCUCGUCGAGCUCGUUCCUCGAUCUUUUCCGGGAGAGACCUGAACUGAAAGGGUCUGAUGCGGCCACGGGUCCUCGCCAGGAAGGAGGUAGCCAUUCUUCCAACCAACCACUGCCACCACCAUUCGAUGCACAGCAGCACGUGCUGCAAAUGUUGAAGCCACUACCUUCCUCCCAGCAGCAGGAGGUGGCUGCUAUGCAGCAGCAGGAAAACCAUCACCUUCAUCACCCGCACUCCCACCAUCAUCACCACCAUCAGCAGCAAUUGAACCACCAACAAAUUCAAAAUCGCAGCUUGCAGCAAAUUCUGGGUGUGAACAGCAGUGCGGCCGGCUCAUCGUCCCCAUCGAUAAUGAGUGGACCGCAACCGAACGCGCAAAUGGGUGGCCAGGUACACAGCGUAGAGGAGCUGGAGGCGCGCUUCCGCCAAUCGGAUCUGGCAGGUAUUGGUGGUGCAGAUCGUGGGAACAGUUCUGGUACGGCACCCGAAGAGCAGGGCAGCGAGGUUCGUCCGCUACGAAGUGGAGCUGGCAAUGGCAGCCCGAGUAUUGCUGGCCCUGGCGGUGUCGGAGGUGGUGUUGGUGGUAUACCGCGCAUUCUCACUCCGGCUGGCUUCGUGGAGUUGGCUCCAUCAGCAAGUGGCGAUCCUGCAAUGGCUCCACCACAGGAAUCUUCUGAUGGGACCGGCAUGCUAGCACCGGCGGCCCAGGAGCUGAACGCGUUCAAGAAGCUGUUAGCUCAAAUGAGCGAGAAUAACAAGCCGAAUCUAGCAUCAGCGGGGCCACCGCUUGUUGUGCAUCCGCACAGUGCACACCCAUCCCAUCAUCAUCCGGUACUUCAUCAGCAGCAUCCAGCAGCGCAACAGCAACCUCCACAGACAUCUACGACGACAACCCCUAUUCCAGCUCCUAUUUAUCCUACACAUGUUCAUCACGGUCCGCCAAUGCCCAAUGAAAUGUUGCAGAAGAUGUUGCAUAAUAUGGUUCCUGUGCAUGCUGUGGGUGACAUGAGAAACGCGGAAAUGUUGAAGCGCCCGGAAGUACAGGCGAUGAUGCAGGCCAUGGCACGCGGUGAGAUGGCGCAGCCCAACAAUGUAUGGCAACAGAUG